UGAUAUUCAUCGAUCAGCUGACAAGUUAGGGGUGUUGGUUAGGUGAGAAUUCCAACGGGGAGGUGGCUAUUUAUUUUCCUGAAAAUGAGGUACGGGCUGGGAUAUACUUUUUUAGCGACGCUUUCGUCUGCGGUGACUAUAAUAGUGCUGUAUUAUGUACUUACUGGGAAAGGAGAGAGGAUUAGUUUUGGCUGGUUCCUAACGGAGACUAGCCCAUACAUGUGGGCAACAGUUGGUGUUGGAUUGGCUGUUUCUCUGUCUGUGGUUGGAGCUGCACUAGGCAUUCAUACAACAGGAGUCAGUAUUAUUGGUGGGGGUGUAAAAGCACCCCGAAUAAAAACAAAGAACUUGAUAUCAGUCAUUUUCUGUGAAGCGGUUGCAAUCUAUGGUCUCAUUACUGCAAUUGUUCUUUCUGGGCUGAUAGAGAGUUUCAGUUGGGAUGCCGUUCAAAGUAAUAUUGAUCUGAAGGGCCAGAAUUGGCUUUCUGGCUACAUAAUGUUUGGUGCUGGAUUAAGUGUUGGUUUGGUUAACCUUUUCUGUGGAAUUGCAGUUGGAAUUGUGGGAUCAGGUGCGGCCCUAGCAGAUGCUGCGAACUCGGCAUUAUUUGUCAAGAUCUUGAUCGUAGAAAUUUUUGGAAGUGCUAUUGGACUUUUUGGACUCAUUGUUGGAAUUUAUAUGACUGCCAAAGUAAAGAUGGGGGACAAGCAGUAAACAAGUGAUCCAUUUCAGCAGACAAGAAAUAUGGCUGUUUUUGGAUUGUACAGAGACUUCAUGUAUAAAUUAGGGGUGCUGGUGUACAGAAGUGUGAAUGUGCUUUGUAUAUUUGUAAAAAAUAAAGUGGGUGUAGAGAAGAUAAGUAUUAUGUAAUGAAAAUGUAUUUGUUAUUACAUUAUUUUAAUCAAUUACAUAGAUGCGUGAUUGUUACUCCUGAUAUAAACUGUAUCAUAUGUACAUAGUUUUCAAAUUUGAAGUCUCUCUGUCUCACUUUGUAUACAUAAUUAUGCUUAGAAGAACCUAGUGUUUAUACCAGAAAUAUUUCAUAAAUUUGUGUUAAUUUAAUGAAUCUAGCUCGGAAUAGUGUGUGUAAUUUAUACUUGUGAAGUAUGUGGGGUGAUUUGGUAAUGAAAUAUAGUUAAUGUGUGAAUAAUUGUUGAAGUAUACACGUUGUAAUUAGAGCAUCAUUCAGUAUUAAAUAUUUUGCGGUGUGAUCACAAUUAAGGCAGAAACUGUUGUCCAGGCUCUUCAAACUGUAACUUUCUUGGUUGUUAGAGCAAACAAGUAAAUGGAAACAAGACAUACAUGAAAUUGUUUUUUUACACAGUGUGCUGAUGACAAGAUGAUGUGGUAGGGAUAUAGAGGAAUGGACAAUUAAUAUAGUUCAUUUCCAUCAGGGUUGAGAAUGAGAGGGCAUUACAAAUGUCCGCCUGUAUUAAUUUUAUCAAAUCACUCCUCUAUCCUGCUUGCAUAUUCAGAUGUUAAAUAUUAUCUUGCACAGAAUUCAUUAUUUUGUAAGUUUUGUCACCUGCAUAUUAUUUAUAGUGCUCAUAUACAUGAACUAUUUGUUGUACUGAUUCACUGUCCAUUAUGUAUUUCUCAAACUACAAUAUCAGUAUUUGGUGUCAAGAUUAUGUGUAUCUUUUUUUCCUGUACUACCAUGUAGGUGCCAUCCACAGAAUAUUGUCAUCAAUGAAAUUUGUUAUUUGACGUUGCAUGUUGUCUCAUACAUUGUAAGAAUAACCAUUUUUGCCAAGCUUAACUCAGAGCUUUGCAUCUAUUAGUAAUUUUGUGUUUAAUCUUAGGCUUCUAAGUAACUUGAUUGCUGCUUCAGAUGAAGAUAAUCAGGAAGCAAAUGAAAUUCUUGCCUUCAGCUUGUGUUCCAAAAAGUUAUGCUGAAAUUGAAAAUUGCUUUGGGGGAAAAAAAAUUGAAGUGCAAUUUUAAGUAUAGGACCUAGUGACAGUUCACUUUUGAAAACAUGAAUGCUGAAACCAUAAGGAUGUAUUAAAAAAAGCACUGCCACACUGAACAAACAAUAUAAUAAUUAUAUCUGAAAAGAUGUGGUAAAUGAGUUUCUAAUUUGAUAUAAGUGCUUCAUGUGACAAGUUACUUUUAUCAUCAUCAUCAAGCUGUGCAUUCAAGUGUUAUAGACACAAUUGAAAGAUAUAUAAAUGGCAUAUCUUACCCACAAAGCAACUUUUAGUAGUACAACUUGACAUUUUCCACAUAUACUGAACUGUCCAGAUACAAAGGGAAUGUCAUUUGAAAAUUGAGAUUUCGAGCAGAGGCCUUCUGCUGCAGUCGGAUAACUACCUGUUGAAUGAAUUCUAUGUAGAAGUAAUUUGGGAGGAGAUGCUGAAAAUUCUAGCGGUGUGUUGACUGCACUGUAGCAUAUAAGACACAAUGCUAACAUUUUUUAUGCAAGUUAAAGAACACACACUGUAAAUAAAAUGUAGGGUGUGGAGUAGUCUGAAGUACUGUUUUAGUGCAUAUUUGCCUUAUAACAGUAUUAAAAAGAGGCAUUUAAGGGUAAAACGGGUGUUCAUUGUGCACAUUUUGGAUUUCAUAUAUUGUAACCCCCCCCUUUGAUCUUAAAUUUAUUUUUUUUCCUCUCUCAAUAUAUGAACUGCAGAUUUAAGUUGUUGGAAUGAUGUUUUGCAAUUGUGACAGGGAGCAUGUUUAGUAUGACUACCAAUUAAUUUUUGUACAAUUUGUCACAUGAGAUUGUAAGUGUGUUACCAGUAAAAUAUAGCUGGCUGGAUGUACAAUAAUUUGUCAGCAGACAGUUGUAGAUGUGGACAAUCCUUUAAGUAAAAACAAUAUUACUGCAGAUGAGAAAAGAACAAUGAAAUAAUAGUUUGAGAGAAGAAUGGUGAUAUACAGUAGUCAUCAUGAAUUACAAGAGAAGAUGAAGUACCCCACAAUUUUCAGUUGAUUUUUAUCAGAAAAUGUACGGGGUACUGUUUUUUUUGUGCUGUUAGUUUUUGAAGUUUUUAUUCGUUUGUUCCUAAUUAAAUCAUGUCGGAUCACACUACAAUUGAAAAUGAAGAUACAAAUGUAGUCUGAUCUCUUACAGAUUCUGUGGACACAGUUAAUCUUUGUUUGAAAAUAAUUUGUACAAACUGUAUUGUUUUUAAACUUUAUGAAUGUUUCGAUUUCCACAUUCAUGGUCCUCUUUUUUUUUUUUUUUUUUUUUUUUUUUUCCUCAUGAGUACAUUCCUAAGAAUGCAUUUACUUUGUUUUAAAUUUCAUUGAUUGUGCAACUGGCUAAAAAGAGGUGAGAGAGAUUGUCACCUGGGUUAUGUACUUACAGCCCUUUGUGAAAGGCAUCAGACGAAGACUUGAGCCGUAAUUUUGUUCCCAUAAUCAGAUGAAAUGCCUAUUCAUGAUUUUGGAUUAAUGACCUGUUCGCAUGAUACACCCUGCAAGCAUUUCAUAUGAGCAUAACGAAGGUGAGAGUACUAUUCAUUGUUAAAGUAUGUAAUGUAUAUUAUGAAAAACUUGUACAAGAUAGUGCAUCCAAACAUCAUUUUAAACAUUGAAACUAUGAAGUUUAUAAUCUGAAGUAAGGUUAAAAACUUCUUGUUUCCUAUCAACUGCUCAGUUCCUCCACUGUACUGUGAGUGUUUGUUCAUAUUCCACCCAGGAUCAAAUUAGAAACUCAAUAUUUUAGUGAUAUGGAGUAGAUAGAUAGUGUGGGGCAUAAGUAGACUUUCCUGUGUCUUGGCAGAACAGAUAUUAAAAUUAUGCAUUCUGUGGGAGAAAAGUGGGUUUUUAAAAUACUUGUUCAGUAAAAAUUGCAGUUUAUUAAUUACAUCAACAAUUAAUUAUAGUUCUGUUUAUUAAUGGACUUCAGUACACAUGUAUGUAGGGUCAUUUCUUUCCGACAUAUUUAAUGGUAGUUGAUGUUUAGAAAACAUCUCGUAGAUAAAUGCAAGUCAGCAGUGUCAGUAAUGAAAGAUUUUGGCAACAAAGUGAACCUGGGUUGAAUUUAUGUAGCCUGGUAGCUGUACAUAAUUGUUGUAAUAAUGUUCUCAGCUUUUACGCACAGUUGCAACUUGCAGACAGUAUAGUAACACACAAACUAUUGAAUAAUAUGAAGUAUAAAUUGUCAGUGCACAGCUGACUGUUAUGGAAAUCUGUAGACAUACAGAUCAGAUGAGUAAUCCAUUCCUACCACUUGUACCAUGCUUGUAAUUGUUCUCAUGGUAUUUGUUACUUGUGCAUUGUGAUAGUCAGCAUGAUUGUUUCUGUGGUAGAUGUUUCUAUGGAACUUGAAAUCAAGCUGCCCAAAUAAAAUUAGUGUGUGUGGAAUAUAAUGAAUAUUUAUGAUGUGGCAGCUGUUUUAAUAGGCUUCUGAAGUUCAUACAUGCUAUGGGUGCUUCCUUCCCAGAUUCCUGAUAUUUACAGGGGUGAGCAAACUACUGAUGUAAGAUACAGUGGCCAGAAAAAAUCGUUUCAAACAUUCCAUUCUCAUGUACCUGAAUUUAAAAUUUUCUUUUCUUUUUAUUAUGGCAUUAGUCAUUCAUGCAAAUACAUGUUAAAGCUGUUUCCACAGUAUUGGUCUUCCAACUGUGUAAAAAUAAACUCUGUACCAUGUGAAUUGAUAACGAACCUUAAGGGUGCAGUCUAUGCCACAAUAUGCUAUUGUUGGUUUGUGUAUAUGGUUGAUUUUUGUGUAUGUGCAAAUUUUGUUAAACCUUGCAAAACUUUACAUUGUAUGUGUGAAUAUUAAAUGUUGGUACAGGGAUUUUAAUUGUCGACAUAAAGCUGUCUGUAUGAAUAAAAUAAUAAACUUUGUAAUAGUUCAGCUCUGUGCUUGCCUGAA